AUGACGCCAUCACCUUCAGAAGCUGCAGCAAAGAUUGCGCAAGCCGCUGCUGGCACCAAUUCGUCGGCCAAAGUCUACAAGCGGGAGUCAAACACAGCCAGAGUACUGGGCGCAGGAUGUGCGGGAAUCGCGGAGCUCAUGGUCUUCCAUCCUGUCGACACCACGGCGAAGCGGUUGAUGAGCAAUGUUGGCAAGACAGAGAUGCCUGUUCUGACCCCUCCUAAGAUCGAGUCCGCAUCACACCUUAACAAAGUUGUCUUCAGAGACGCCGCCGGGGCCUCGGUUCCUGGCCGAUUCUUCUCUCUCUUCCCCGGUCUCGGAUAUGCUGCGGCCUACAAACGCCAGAUCCUCCAACGCGUGUACAAGUACGGUGGACAGCCCUUCGUAAGGGACUAUCUGGCGCAACACCACGGCGGUAGCUUCGACCGCACAUUCGGCAAGGGCAAUGGCAAGGCAAUCAUGCACGCGACCGCAGGUUCCAUUAUUGGAAUUGGUGAGAUCGUGCUGCUGCCUCUCGACGUGCUCAAGAUCAAGCGACAGACCAACCCGGAGGCCUUCCGCGGUCGUGGGCUGAUGAGGAUUAUUGCUGACGAAGGCUUUGGACUGUACCGAGGGUGGGGUUGGACCGCCGCACGUAAUGCACCUGGAUCGUUCGCCCUGUUUGGUGGAUCUGCCGCGGCCAAGGAGUACCUCUACAAACUCGGCGACUACAAUAGCGCUUCGUGGUCGCAGAACUUUGUCGCCUCGAUUGCCGGUGCCAGCGCCUCGCUUCUCGUCUCUGCUCCUCUCGACGUCAUCAAGACGCGAAUCCAAAACAGGAACUUCGAGAACCCCGAAAGCGGCUUCAAGAUCGUGUCCAAGAUGAUGAAGAACGAGGGAUUUACUUCCUUCUUCAAGGGACUCACACCCAAGCUGCUCAUGACUGGGCCCAAGCUUGUCUUCUCCUUCUGGCUUGCGCAGACGCUGAUCCCCGCGUUUGGCAAGAUUAUGUAAAUUCGAAUUCGAGCUGUGUUUGUGAACAUGUCUGUAUGAUACCUGGGCAAAUGAUUUAACGGGUUCUUUGGAUAGGAUGGUAGGCUAGCGGCAGGGAAAACGGCGCACGACAAGCGUGUCUUAGUUGAAAAUAAUCAAAAAUCUCCAUUCCAACAAA